CAAAAACCAACAACACUCACUACCCCCAUCAUGUCCCUCUCUCUCCUCAAUCCCUCUCUCUCUCUCCCCUUCUUCUUCGUCGUCUUCUUCUCUUCGCCAUUAAAAUGCAUUCUCUCAAGAACUCUGCAACACGACUCGUUCCCUUCAAUACUCACAAAAGUUUCCGUAGCCGAUGAACGGAGCUUCCAACGGCUCGUCGAAGCUUCAAGAGGCAGUAAAGUAACUAGCAUUUCACAUAUCAAAAGAUACUUUUCACGUUUUGGCUAUCUUCCAUUGCAGAACAACACCAGUUUCUCCGAUGUUUUCGACAAGGGAUUCGAAUUGGCACUUGUCCGGUACCAGCGAAACCUUGGCCUCCUUGUCACCGGAAAGCUGGACUUCGCCACGCUCAAUCAGAUCGUGAUGCCAAGAUGUGGCGUGCAGGACACGGUGCAUGAUCACCAUUAUCAUGGAUCCCAUUCCACAAGACAUUUCAUGUAUUUUCCGGGAAAGCCUCGGUGGGCACGUUCGAUGCCGAUGACUCUCACGUACGCCAUCUCGCCAGAAAAUAUGAUUCAGAACCUGAGCUUACGGGAGAUAAGAGAAGCGUUUAAACGUGCUUUCUCAAGGUGGGCUUCGGUGAUUCCGGUGAGCUUCGUGGAGGCUGAAGACUACGGUUUUGCAGAUAUCAAAAUAGGGUUUUACAGUGGCGACCAUGGAGAUGGAGAGCCAUUUGAUGGAGUCCUCGGCGUGCUAGCUCAUUCAUUUUCGCCGGAGAGCGGGAGGCUCCACCUGGACGCGGCAGAGACGUGGGCGGUGAACUUCCGGUCUGAAAAAUCGCCGGUGGCUGUGGAUUUGGAGUCGGUGGCGACACAUGAGAUCGGGCAUUUGUUAGGGUUGUCUCAUAGUACAGUGAAGGAGGCUGUGAUGUAUCCAAGCUUGAAGCCGAGAGAUAAAAGAGCAGAACUGAAUCUGGACGAUAUAAAAGGAGUUCAAUCUCUGUAUGGAUCAAACCCUAAUUUUAGAUUCGAAUCUUCUUUAGAAUCUGAUAUGUCUGCGAAUGAAGCUUCGGAUUUGGGCGGGAAAUCUUUGUGGUUUGUUGGUUUCGUCAUGUUUUCUUUAGUUCAUAUUUUUUGUUUGUGUUAUGGUUUUUUGGGGUUUUUCUUUUUAACUUUUUGAUUUUUAAGAGCAUUGGGUUUUAGAGAGAUACUCUAUGAGUGAUGAUGUUUGGUAAAAUAUAUAGCAGAAUAGUGCUGGCCUAAAAAAAAAAAAAAGCAGGAUAGUGUAUAUAGAUUAGAGAUUAAUGCGUUUAUCGACAAAGUCUAAGGCGAAAGACUUCAUUGGUGAUUGUAACAUGAUUUUUCAUUA